CACAGCGCGCACAUUCCCCAGCUGCUAUGAGUUAGUACAUAUCACCAGCAUCACACACUGGGAAGUUUUUAUUUAAGGUCACUGCGAUUGCGACACAGACAAAUCCUUUCCCCAGUUAAAUGUAGGACGCGUCACAUGAUGCUGAAACUAGGAGAAGUCAGCCCAUGUCCAAGAUGGCGUCGCCCAUGAGGGCAAUGUAUUUGGGGAGCCGUGCUCUGGGGCGCCUGCGGGUCACGGGCCUGCUAAGGAACCCUGUUCCCGUCACCUCCAGGAGGGAAAUAUCAUUCAAACUAGAUGAGAAAACUGCUCAUAGCAGCCUGGACCUGUUCAAGAAGGACACGGGGGUAAUUUAUCGCAUGUUGGGCAUUGACCCCUCGAAGAUCCCCCAAAAUCCUGAGCGUUUCAGAGAAUGGGCUGUUGUACUUGGAGACAAUCCGAUGGUGAGUGGCCGCCAUUACUGGGAAGUUACCGUGAAGAAAUCCACUGAGUUCCGCAUCGGUGUUGCAGAUGCUGAUAUGUCUAGAGAUGAGUGCAUUGGAGUCAGCAACCGCUCUUGGGUCUUUGCCUACAGCCAUAAAAAGUGGUAUGGCAUGGUGGUAAAGAAAACAAUCCCCAUCACCAACAUUGGCCAUCCAAGCAAAGUAGGGCUCCUGCUGGACUAUGAAAGUGGAAAGCUGAGCCUCGUGGACUCUGAGAAAGGAACCCUUAUCCACACUCUCAUUGCAGACUUUCGAGGUCCUGUUGCGCCUGCAUUUGCCCUGUGGAAUGGAGAACUACUUACCCACUCAGGCUUAGAUGUACCUGACAAUCUUUAAAACCAUCAAGUAUUGUAUUAAAAGUGCCUCUCCAGCCAGUAUUAUAUUCUGGCAUUAAACUUUCUGUUCAAUAUACUCCGUGGUUGAUGGUCAUACAGCUUUCUGCAUAUACAAUAUACUGUAAGGAGGUUAAGCUACAGCUGUGCAUCGCUUUGUCGCCUUCACCGUUGGGCAGUGUCAUGUGAUGCUAGUGAUUCGUGCUAGUAAUUUGGUUCUAAGUUAUCUACCUUACUGGAAAGUGUAUCGCAAUACAGACACAUUUCAGUGCACUUAUGAACACGAAGUAAACCAACAAAAGAAAUACACCUGCAGAAGUGCAUAGUAGAUGACGUAUCUCCCGAACAGAUACUAAGACCACAGGAAACCUGAAGUUAUUCUCAGAGAUGCUCAAUCAUACAGAUUCAGUUGUAGAGUAAGGUUAUUUUUCAAGUGUUUGGGUGAAAGAUAUCAUAUUGAAUUACUGUAGUUGACUCAAUGAUCAUGAAAGGAGUUAACUACAUGAUCACUUAUUUUUCUGGCUCUGCCUUGUAAAACUAAGAAAAAUAAAUUUUUUCACAUGUAAGGGAACUACUGCAAUACUCUUGAAUUAUAUAAUUUUGCCAAAACAUAAGUUUUCCUGUCUCUUAUUUUUAAAGAGGGAUAAUAAAUAUUAUGCUUGCUUAUA